CAGUCAUCCACGACCGCGUGAGGCAAACAGUUGAGUACGCGCGACAGUGGUGGAUUUACCGUGUGAAACGAUUCUUCUUCCAAUACGCGACCUGUGCGUUCUUCCCCGUACGCGAUUUUUAUCAAACCCUGGGUCGAUCCUCGAUCACAGUGUUCUUUCACGAGCCACCGGGAACACAUUUUCGUUUUACGCUACCGAUAACAUCGUGCACGAAAUUUAAUGCGACUUUGAGUAAAGGAUCGAAGAAGCACGAAUCAGAAGUGGCAGGGUUAAUCGACCAUCAAGCAACAAUAAAGAUUUUACUAGGAAACGUCGACACGCUGGCGGAAAUUCUUCAAUAUAUUGUCACCACGCGAUCACGAGUAGUCGGAUAACACGGAGCUAUGCAUUCUAACCGGAAGGAACGUUUAGUACCACGUGAAACGCAGAUCAAGGCUGACCGAAAUAGGCAGGUCCGACGUGAAAGUAUCACAGGUCGAUCCCGGACUUUGCCAAUUUCGAAGGGGAUACUACAACAUUGUGCGUCAGCAUCGAACUCGGUAUGGUCGCUUUUCCGGACUCGUCGACUGAACCAACACUAUUGAACGUGACUGAUAUAAAGUUAAAUGACAGCAUGGAUCAGAAUGAGCGUUUAGCAAACAAAGAGAACGACAGGGGCGUUAAGGAUCACGCGUUUACUAUAGAACGGCACAACAUGUCGAACGGGAAGGAUAAUUAUGCGUUGGACUUCGAUUGUUCCGAGAAGGGUAACGACAAGAAGUUGAACACGUCGGUCGAGAUUAAGGCAGAGCCAGAUCUCGUGAAGAAAGUGGCAGCGGGUCUGAAAAGCCCUAACGGACAAAAGAACAAAACGGACAUGUCACCGCCCAAUCCCGGUGGUGGAUCGCUUUCCAGUGGAAGUUCCCUAGUGACGAUCUCUUCCGUCGAAAAUUCAGAUCCUGAUCCUGACUUUCGUAAUAACUCGAAUGGCUUUGGCAACAACGUGUUCCGAAACGAAAGAUGGUAUCAGACCACUCUACAAGUCGCUGUGCCUUUCUUCAUCGCCGGGAUAGGUACGAUCGGAGCGGGCCUCGUUCAAGCGGAUAUCAAGGACUGGCCAGUAUUUCGGGCCAUUUCCCAAUUGUUCAUUCUAGUGCCACCUCUGUUAGGAUUGAAGGGCAAUCUCGACAUGUGUCUGGCAUCUCGUUUGUCCACCCAAGCAAACCUCGGCAAUAUGCACUGUUUCCGGGAAAUAACGAAAAUGAUUAUCGGUAACAUCGCAUUGGUACAGAUUCAAGCGAUCGUCGCGGCCAUUUUGGUCUCGAUUUUCGCGAUCGUCGUCAACGCCAUAACGGAAGGUUCAGAGUACAUCUUCAACUGGAACAAUUCUCUAUUGCUAAUGGCCUCCAGUGUAUGCACCGCCACCAGUUCAUGUUUUAUUUUAGAUUUCGUAAUGAUCGCCGUCAUUAUGAUAUCGUAUCGAUGUAAAAUGAACCCUGACAAUUUGGCUACGCCCUUGGCAGCGUCAUUUGGAGACGUGGUAUCAAUUACUGUCCUAUCGAGGAUCGCUUCAGCGUUUUUCGAAAGAAUGACAAUGCAACCUUGGCUUUUAUACGUUGUAAUCGGCUGUUAUCUUUUAAUUUUACCAUUUUGGAUCUACGUGGUCCUAAAGAACAAAUACACCAGAAAUGUUUUAACCUCUGGAUGGGUUCCAGUUUUAUCCGCCCUCUGUAUCAGUGGAUUCGGUGGUUUGGUGCUCGAUCAAGUGAUCGACGAGUUCGAGGGAUUCGUGAUCUUUCAACCCAUCAUAAACGGAAUCGGUGGUAAUUUAGUUUCCGUACAAGCAUCUCGCAUCUCAACCACGUUACAUCAGACGUCUAUCAUGGGAAUUUUACCGCCACAUUCGAAAAUGUUCAUUGCCCCGUGGAAGGCGCUGUUUAAAGGCUCACCGUAUGCGAAAACGGCCAGAAUACUCGUUUGCAUGGCGAUUUUCGGCGAAACGAUCUUCAUCUUUGUAGCUGAUUAUCUCAGGCAAGGUACCUCCACGGUAAACGCAUACUUCGUGAUCUCCUACGUAUUUGUUGCUGUUCUCCAGGUUAUGGUGCUGCUUUACGUAGCGCAUAUCAUUAUUCACGCUAUGUGGCGAUACAAAAUCGACCCGGACAAUUCGGCCAUCCCGUAUCUGACCGCUCUGGGUGAUUUGUCGGGAACGGUGUUCCUCGCGUUGGCUUUCUGGUUCCUAAUAACGAUACAUCAACAAUACGGCAAGUAAAAGGUAGCUAGAUUGGCAAAUAAAUGUUGCCUGUCGAAUGUUACGUGCGUCAGUUUUGUAAAAAACGAAGCGAAUACAAAAGAAAGAAACGAAAAAAGGUGGAAGGUUAAUUAACGGAGUAUUUUAUAGAAAUAAUCAUAGAGGAGAGUACGGAUUUCUUUUACUCCGUUAAAGACAACAUCUUAAUGGUAUAUUAACCGCGUUAAUUAAUUGUGUCACGCGGAUCGAACAUGAUAGAUUGAAAGAAUAUAUCGUUGUUCUUGAAAUAGAUACUCUAAUGGAAAGAACGAAGUACAAUGACACUGAUUCUAACGUAACUAAUUAGUUCGAGCAAACGACUCACUUUAUGAUGUAAUCCACUGAUAUAACCCUCUAACGAUCGUGCAAUAGUAAUUAUACGAAAGAACAAGUCAACGAUGAACGUAUCGAUUGACGAUUCUUUUAGUCAUGAAACGUAACAGUUUCUUUUAAACCGUUUUCUUAAUUUUCAAUUGUACCGUGCACCGCUUACGAAAUAACAGAACUUAAUAAAGUAUUUUAAUCUGUUCGCGUGCAUUGGACAAUUUAUCGUGUUAUCGUGUACAAGCGGAAGACCUAGUCAGUAUUUUAACGCUGAUUAAUGAUAAUAAUUGUGUUAUAAAAUGAAGAUAGGAGAGCCGAAUAUGAAGUUUGAAUUAUGAUAUAAAAUAGACGACAUUUGAUAGUUGUAAAUAGAAUUAAUUUCAAAAACUUUUAUCGGUGGUAGAAAUUUAGAUGAAUUUUUUUAUGGCACUAGAACCACAAAGAAGCAUAGAGUUACUAGUGUUACUUAGAUUGAAAGAGUACUUCUCUUUCUCUAAACUGUUAACUAACAUAAUGAUAUCAUAGUAGUAUUUUAAAUUAUUAAAAUUAUGUACAUUACAUGCUUCAACAAUGAUGUAUAUUACAUGCGAUGACUGCUUUUUUAAUGCGUGGUCUGUAUACUAUCAUAAGUAACACAAAACAAUUUAAGCAAAUUACUUGUUCACAAAAUAAAGAAUAUUAAAUACAUAGCGUUUUUAAUUCUUUAAGUAGUACUAGAGAAAUUUGUGAAUGAUUACAUUGCUUGAAUAGAACUUUGCAACUUUAUAUUAGUGCUUACUUCAAAACAAACACCAAAGUUGCAAUUAUAUUAAACAAGACUGAAAUAAUCAGUAUUCGAUAGUCCCAUUUAUAGCACGUUUCAUUAUGCUAUACAGAACUUUGAUCGAAUUAGAAAAAAAAAAAUAAAAAAACUUUAUCUACAAAUAACAAUAUAAUGUAUAUGCAAAAACAAAAUUAUAACCUAUUCAAUUUUAUUAAAUUUAUAAAUAUUUCUAAACUGAUCAUUAUAUAAUACUAAUCAUACACUGUUCUAACAAAAUACACAACUACAUGUUACAUUAUAUAUUCGUUAAUGUAACAAAGUAUUGACGUAACACUCUUAUCAUGAAAAUUAAAGUUUUGUUUGUAAAACCAAGCAAUGCCACACUUCAGGUUAUGGCAUUCGUGCUUACAUUUCAAUGCGGUUAUGUAAAGUAGAUAAUAAAUAAGUAAGAAUAUUGAA